AUGGAGAUCACAGACAUGAGCCACCUCUUUCUAGUCUUCAACAUUCUGACAGCGACUGCAGUGACAACAAAAACUGUAAAACCAACACCAGUACAAGUAAAAUUAGCCCAGCAGUUCAAUCAGAUGGACAGCAAAACUGUACCAACCUUUUUGGUUUUCCUGAACUCAGAAUAUGAGCCUUGUCUGGGUACCCUGAUCCACAAACAGUGGGUUCUCACUGCAGCCCACUGCUUCUUGCCAUUUCUUGAGAUAAACAUUGCUGCUUCAAAAGAGAGUUUCCAAAACAAGAUUGGAAACUUAAGACCCAUGCUUACUGUUCAACACCCAGAUUUUAGCCGGGAUUCUGCUGAGCAUGACCUCAUGCUUAUCAAGCUGAAUCAUCCCCAAAAGCUCAAUGAUCAGGUGAAGCUGGUGGUUCUGCCCAAUAGCACAGAUGACAGAAGAGGGGAAAAGUGCACGGUCUCUGGCUGGGGCUGGGAAUGGAAGAAUUCCAACACAGAGCCCGAUAUUCAGAUAAACCAGACUGUCUUUUGGUUCCCUAAUGAUGACUGCCAAGAGUCCCCUGUGAGAGAAUUUCCUGUUAAAAUCACAGAGAACAUGUUCUGUGCGGGAUCGUCUCUGGAGAGCACACACACGUGUAAGGAAUUAGCAGCUGCCCCAAUCCUGUGCCAGAAUCAGCUCCAUGGGAUCCUAUCUUGGUCAGCAGGAUGUAUUCUGAGAGGUGAUAUUGGCUACUACACCAGGGUUUCCCACUAUACAGACUGGAUCCACAAAGUCAUCCACAGCAACUAAGCUCUCUCUCUUCCCUCUCCCAGUGGCCUCAGAACUGGGUCUACCAUCUUGACCCUUCCUUUCCCUCAAGUCUCAUAAAAAGAUGGGAAUAGAGUCUUUGGCUAUC